GCAACCAGCCAGACUAAACGGGGCGAUUCAUAUACAGAUUGCUCACUAGACUAUGCCCAGCAACCUAAUACUGCACCACCAGUUCUAGAGAUGCAGACCACUAAGCAUUAUCUCCAGGGUUGACAGAAGGAAAUCAAAAAUAAAAAAACUUUUCACUGGACGCUGCUACCGGUUUGACGUGCGGGGAGAAAAAAAAACCAAGAUGUCGGCCUUGAGGAGGAAAUUUGGUGAAGAAUACCAUGUCGUAACGACCACAGUGGGAGGUGGAUUUUUUCCUUCUGUCAAAAGAAAAAGACAGAGGUUCGUGGACAAGAAUGGACGAUGCAAUGUUCAACAUGGGAAUCUGGGUGGUGAGACAAGUAGGUACCUGUCAGACCUGUUCACCACCUUGGUGGACCUGAAGUGGAGAUGGAACCUGCUAAUAUUCAUCUUAACGUACACGGUGGCGUGGCUGGUAAUGGCUUCAAUGUGGUGGAUUAUUGCCUAUAUCAGAGGGGACAUUAAUAGACCUCAUGAUGACAACUACACUCCCUGUGUAGCCAAUGUCUACAACUUCCCCUCUGCCUUCCUUUUCUUCAUUGAGACAGAAGCUACUAUUGGGUACGGUUUUAGGUACAUCACUGAGAAAUGCCCUGAAGGGAUCAUACUCUUUUUGUUCCAGUCUUUGCUGGGAUCUAUCGUGGAUGCCUUCCUUAUAGGCUGCAUGUUCAUAAAGAUGUCACAGCCAAAGAAGAGAGCAGAGACUCUGAUGUUCAGCCACAGUGCUGUCAUCUCCCAGCGUGAUGGGAAGAUGUGUCUAAUGUUCAGAGUGGGCAACUUAAGAAAUAGCCAUAUGGUCUCUGCUCAGAUAAGAUGCAAGCUCAUAAAGUCCAGACAGACCCCAGAAGGUGAAUUCCUGCCGCUAGACCAACGUGAGCUGGAUGUUGGAUUUGGCACAGGAGCUGAUCAGCUGUUCCUAGUUUCUCCACUAACUAUCUGCCAUGAGAUCAACCCCCGGAGCCCAUUCUUUGAUCUCUCACAGAAAUCACUGAGGAGUGAGCAGUUUGAGAUAGUUGUUAUUCUGGAAGGCAUUGUGGAAACUACAGGAAUGACUUGCCAAGCAAGAACAUCUUAUACAGAGGAUGAAGUGCUUUGGGGACAUAGAUUUCUUCCAGUUAUGUCCCUAGAAGAGGGCUUCUUUCGAGUGGACUACUCCCAGUUUCAUGCCACCUUUGAAGUCCCAACUCCAUACUACAGUGUAAAGGAACUAGAAGAGAAACAAGCCCCAGGUUCUCCUCUAAACUCUGUCUGCAGUGAUAAAUAUAACCGGGAUAGGGUUUGCUCUUUAGACUACCUCAAUGUGUUUGAAGUCGGCAGUAGUUUACUUCCUACUAAGCUUCAAAAACUGAGUCGAGGCAGUGACAGUGCCAAGGGAAAAUUACUAAGAAUGUGUACCAAUAGUGUAGAGAGGGCAUGCAGCACUGGGGAUCUCCCCUUAAAAAUACAACGGAUCACAGUUUCCACAUGUGAAGACAGCGAGGAGAGUACAUCUCUGAAAUAUUUCAAGGUGAAACCAGAGUGCAUGACACAAUCUACUGGAAAUCUUCAGCUCCAGAAGAAGACACAGGGUAUGCUAACCUUGGGGACAAUGUUAGAUAGUAAUCUACCUGCAAAGCUGAGGAAAAUGAAUUCUGGCUGCAUCAGCUAAAUGUCUAGGAACAGAACAGGAACUUGCUGG